AUGCUUCUGAAUCACAUUUGCACUUUCCUUGUGGUCUUUACUGUCUUUUUCAAAGUUUCUUGUUCAACAUCUGAGUUCAGCUUAGAUGGAGAUUAUUUACUGGGUGGCCUUUUCCCUGUACAUGAAGUUGUACAGACGACAUCCAGGUUCUCCCCAGAGGCUACGGAAUGUAAACGGCACACUUUCACAAAAUCUGGCUAUUUUAUGUUCCAAGUAAUGAGAUAUGCUGUUGAGGAAAUAAAUAACUCCACCACGUUGCUGCCCAAUGUUUCUCUGGGCUAUGACAUUUUUGACCAUUGUUCUGACACUAAGAAUUUCCCUUCAGUCUUACAUUUUAUGUCACAGAAUGGAUCAAUAAAACCUAGAGAAAAACUCAACAGCCAUCAGUCUAAAGUCAUUGCUUUAACAGGACCAUAUGGAAGCUCAAGAACUAUAACUGUUGCUCAAGUGCUCACAAUGGAUCUUAUACCAAUGGUGAAUUAUGGGGCUUCAAGUUAUGAAUUGAGUAAUAAACUUAAGUAUCCAACAUUAAUAAGAACAGUCGCUAGCAGCAAUGUUUUGAUACAGAUGAUUAUUCGCAUCAUACAGUGGUUUGGGUGGAACUGGGUUGCUUUUCUUGGAGGCCCAGACAAUUACAGCGAAGAUGGACUAAAACUGUUUUACAAGUAUACUGAAAAUACUAGCAUCUGCUUGGCCUAUCAGGACACUAUUAGAAUAGGGGGAAACUACAACCAGACACUUAAAAAUAUCAAUAGCAAAAACAUUAAUGUCAUUGUGGUUUAUGCUGUGGCAAUGUAUGUAGAAAACUUUAUAAGAGCUGCAAUAGCAAACAACAUUCAAGGCAAAGUUUGGAUUGCUGGUCAAGGAUGGUCUAUGCAUCAGCAGCUUCCAAAGGAGCCAGGAAUUGAGAAAAUUGGUACCGUUAUUGGCAUUAAUGAUAGAACAAUGUCAUUACCUGGAUUUGAUAAGUUCAUUUAUAAAGCCAAAGCCACACCUAAUAAUGGCAAUGUUAAGAAUGAAGUCCAGAGUAAGAUAUGCAAUCAAGAAUGCAAGGAAGGUGCAUUGUUGACUGCAGAGCAAAUUAUUAACGAAGACCCGUCAUAUGCAUUUGGUGUCUACUCUUCCAUACAUUCCAUUGCUCGUGCAUUACAUAAAGUUCUGCAGUGCAAAAUAAAUCAAUGCAGCAAAAAUAUAACAGUUAAACCGUACAUGCUUCUGAGAGAAAUUAAGAAUUUGGAUUUUCCACUCAAUGGACGUGAGGUGAAAUAUGAUCUUAAUGGUGAUUCACCUGUCAGCUAUGCAGUUGUGCUCUGGCACACUAAAACAAAACCUCCACGGAUUGAGAUGGUGGGCACAUUUGACACGUAUCCAGAAACAUAUUUUACUAUAAAUAACUCUCUUAUGCCCUGGGAUAACAAUACAGUUCCUUUCUCAAACUGCUCUGUUGAAUGUGAGGAUGGAUAUUCAAGGGAACGUGAGGGAUUUAAUGAUUGCUGUUUUCAGUGUAUAAAAUGCCCACAAAACACCUAUGUGGAUUAUUCUCGGAACCCUUAUACCUGUUAUCCAUGUGCCGAGAGUGAAUGGUCUGAUGAAGGCAGCACAACAUGUAAGAGACGUUCUGUCGUCUAUCUUCAGUUCACAGAAAUCUCCUCCAUUCUUGUCAUAUUUUCUACUGUAUGUCUGAUAACUCUGCUCAUUUUCAUCUUUUGUCUGUUUGCCUACAAUUAUAACACACCAGUGGUGAGAUCUGCUGGUGGCAACAUGUGUUUCCUUAUGUUAGGGUGUUUAGUAAUGUCUAGCAUAAGUGUGUUCUUUUUCUUUGGACAACCCACAUCUGUACAUUGUAUCCUAAGAAAUUUCAUGUUUUCAUUUUUUUUCACUAUCUGUCUAUCCUGUUUAACCGUCCGUUCCUUUCAAAUUGUCUGUGUAUUUAAAAUGGCUGCAGGGUUCCCUAUAUUGCACAGCUUGUGGGUAAAGCACAAUGGCCAGUGGCUCUUCAUUGUGUUUUCUACUUCUGUUCACUUUAUUUCAUGUGUAUUAUGGGCAACUGUCUCACCUGACCAUCCCGUCAAGGACUUAUUAACUUUUCAUGACCAAAUUAUGCUGAUUUGUGAAAGGAAAAACACUGUAACCAUGAGCAUAGUUUUGUUCAUAAGUUGGUUUCUUGGUUUCCUGUGCAUUUCAUUUUCUUACAUGGGAAGAGAUCUGCCAAAAAGUUACAAUGAGGCCAAAAUAAUAACCUUCAGUUUACUUUUGUACUAUCUCAGCUGGAUAACAUACUAUACAAUAUAUCUAACUUUUAAAAGCAAAUAUGUCCUGCUUUUGAAUGCGUUUGCCCAAAUAAGCAGCAUAUAUGGAAUUCUCUUCAGCUAUUUCGUACCAAAAUCUUACAUCAUGUUAUUUCAACCAAAGAAGAACACUGCUGCCUACUUUCAAACAACUAUUCAGAAUUACACCCAAACCAUUAGUAGAAGUUAA